AUGUCAUCAACUAGCUUGUACCUACCGAAGUGGCUCAAGCCUAAGCCACAACUAGCCACAAGGCCUAAUAACUUUACCUACCUCUGUGGACAUACGUCGCACAACGUCGCCAACAUGGCUUGGGACUCGCCUCUGCAGAGCUCUGUCAUCAACAGAUAUGUCUUUGGCCGGAUUCCUCUCCUUCAUACCCUCAUCCUCCUCAUCGAAAUGGCGCUGGCCGCCCGACUGACAGCGAGGUUCAAUGCCUCGUACGAGGAGCGACCACUCAUCACUAUGAUGGUCACCAACGCCCUCCUUGGCGGCAUUGCAGACACUGUCGCACAGGUCAUCACGGCCUUUCGUCACCGCGUUGUCCGCAAGCCCGGCGGUGGCAAGGACGAGACCGUCACCAUCGAGAUUCGCGAACUCGGUCGCAAGAACCCCUACUACGAAAAGAACUCUCUCGGCGACUUUGGACAAUCUGCCGGCCUCCCGCCUACCUUUGACUUCGAGCGCCUUACACGUUUCAUGGGCUACGGCUUCUGCGUUGCGCCUAUCCAGUUUCGCUGGUUCAAACUGCUCGAGCGUCUCUUCCCCAUGUCCAAGACGAGCUCUUUUGGUCCAGCGCUGAAGCGCGUGGCCUUUGACCAGAUUGUGUUUGCGCCACUUGGCGUGGCGCUCUUUUUUACCGCCAUGACGGUUGCCGAGGGCGGCGGCCGCCGUGCCGUUAGCAGCAAGCUGCGCGACAUGUAUGUGCCAACUCUCAAAGCCAACUAUGUGGUCUGGCCGGCUGUGCAGCUCGUCAACUUUCGAUUGAUGCCUGUGCAGUAUCAGCUGCCUUUUGUCUCGACGGUUGGUAUUGCUUGGACUGCAUAUCUCUCGCUCUCCAACAGCACCGACUAG